AUGUCUAAUCAAAAGGGGAAGCAGUCCGCUGGUGCUGGCAAGGGCAAAAAGAGCUCUAAGCCCAGUGCUGAGAGCAAGUCUGAGGAGGUGCUGCAAGCUGUGGUCCUUACAGACUCUUUUCAAGACCGAUUCAAGCCCUUGAGCAUUGAGACACCAAGAUGUCUCCUCCCCCUCGCCAAUGUCCCCCUAAUCGAAUACACCCUUGAAUUCCUCUCUAUGAAUGGAGUCCAGGAAGUUUACCUAUACUGUGGUCCCCAUACCGAAGAGGUAGAGGCCUACAUCUCCAAGUCACGAUGGGCGCAAGGCUCCAAGACGACUCCCUUCACCCACCUUCAAUUCGUCCGAGUAUCCGACGCCAACUCAGUUGGUGAUAUCCUUCGCGACCUCGACAAGCGCAGUCUAAUCUCGGGUGACUUCAUCCUUGUCCAUGGCGACCUCGUCUCUAAUAUUCCCAUCCAAGGCAUCCUCGACGCGCAUCGCAAGCGUCGUGAGGCCAGCGCUGACAAUAUCAUGACCGUCGUGCUCAAGAACGCCGGUUCGAGUUCCCAUAGGACGAAGACACCCGGAAUUACACCUGUAUACGUCGUAGAUACGGAAACAAAGAGGUGUCUCCAAUACGACGAGAUCCACCCCCUGCAGUCCGACCACUAUACUAUUCUGGACCCCACGGUGCUGGACGAGCUGGCCACAGAUUUUGAGAUUCGAGCCGAUCUCAUCGAUCCCCAGAUCGACAUCUGCACACCCGCCGCGCUGGCCCUUUGGUCCGAUAGUUUUGACUACGAGAUGCCCCGUCGUGAUUUCCUUAACGGUGUGCUCAAGGACUGGGAGCUAAACGGCAAGUCCAUAUACGCAGAGAUUGUCGAGGAAGGCUAUGCGGCCCGCGCUAGCAGUCUCCCCAUGUACGAAUCUGUCAGCCGCGAUAUCUUGGGUCGGUGGUCUUUCCCCUUCGUCCCCGAUUGCAACAUCUUCCCCGGUCAGGCGUACGAACUUACCAGGGGCGGGAACUACCUUGAGCGCGAUGUGUCACUGGCAAACGAUGCUCACAUUUCCGGGUCUGUUAUCGCGAGAAAGAGUUCCGUGGGCGACGGAUCAACCAUUCUGAACACAAUUAUCGGUCGCAAUUGCAAGAUUGGCAAGAAUGUCACCAUCACUGACAGCUUCAUCUGGGACGGCACGACCGUUGGCGACAAUACCACCAUCACGCGCUCGAUUAUAGCAGGAGCCGGCGCGACAGUCGGAAACAAGUGUACUAUUGAGGAGGGAUGUGUCCUUUCUUUUGGUGUAAUUACAGGCGAUAACAUUACGGUUGCAAAGGAUGCUCUCAUUUCCAAGGUCGACGCCGGUGGCUUGCAAGUUCAACCAGACGUCAAGCUUCUAGGUGCUUCGGCCCAAGGUGCUCCUUUCGUGGACCCUGAAGAGGACGAACUUGCCGAGGAGGACCCGUCUUCCCUCCAACGCCGACUCAUCUACUCCAUCGAGCACCUCUCCUUCUCAAGCUCUUCUAUCUCCACCCUCGCCUCCGACGACGAAGAUUCGGACCACGGCAGCUCUCGCCCAGACACCCCCUCAGGCUUCACUUCAACCCGCUCCCGCCUCUCCUCCUUCGCAUCGGACGACUCCACCAGCCGCUCCUCCUUCCACACCGACGCCGUCAAUGGCCUCCUCGACGCCCUCCGCGACCCCACGGGCGACUUCGACUCUGCCAAGAUGGAAUUCCUCGGCCUCCGCCUCGCCAAUGACGCCUCCGAAGCCGCCGUCCGCAAGGCCGUCGCCGUCACGCUCGCCCGCCGCACCGCCGAGCUUCUCGAUUCAGGCCUCGAGCCCACCAAGGCCGCUGAGAGUGCCCUCCGCGCCCGCAAGGGCGUCAGCAAGUUCGUCGAGGAGGUCGGCGUCGGCGAGUCUGAAGCCGAUCAGGUCGAGUUUGCGCUGGCUCUGCAGCGCGCCGUAUCCGGGUUGAGGAGUUUGGAGUCUGCUAGGGCUGGGUUGCUACUCGCCGCGCUGUUUCAGCAGCUGUAUGCGCUUGAUAUUCUUGAGGAGGAUGGGAUUUUGACGUGGUGGGAGGAUGAGCGGGCUGUUAAGGGCAGCAGUAUGGAGGCUGUGAAGGAGAGGUGUAAGGCGCUUGUGGAGUGGCUAGAGAAUGCGGAGGAGGAGGAUGAUAGUGAUGACGAGGAUGAUGAUGAUGAGUAG